GUGGAUUUAUGACAGGUGCUUGCUCAGAGCUCCACCUCCUCAAUGUUUAUAGACGGGAGUAUGACACGUGCCAAAUAUGCCAAAUUUAAGUCAUAAGGGGACAAACCAUCCGUAAGAUGCAGCAGUCUUAGUAAUUCAAAGACAGUAUUCCCUAGUGCCAAAAUUUAAAUGUCAACAACGUGCCUUGCUUACUGUAUUCUAUAAGACUUCAAAAUGGCGCAAGCUGACACCGAUAUAAAAACGAAUGAUGCUAGUAGUUCCAAAGAAACCAACAAUCUUGGUCUCACCCCGACUGGAUAUGAACGUGAAAAACUCGACAGAUUGCUCAAGAUACUGGACAAUGGCUUUGGUAUGGAUAGUGACAAGGUGGAGGAAUCGUCGGUUAGAAAAGUCAAAUUUCUUGAUGCCAAGAAGAAUGUCCAAAGUCCUCAGCGGGUGAAGACGUUUUAUGUUGAGAGCUGGCCUGAAGUCAAAGUCAAGUUAGGGAAUACAAUUCGACCAAUGUCUGGGAGUCGUCACUUAAUCGGGGGAACACCUAUCACUGUGGAAACAGCUGUGUCGUUGAAACACAUGAUUUUUGGAUCUUGGGCGAGCCAGGUCCACUUCUUCUCCACAGAAUGGAAGAAAUCCACCGUCAAUUUCUAUGAUAUUUCUGGACCUUUUUCCUUUGGAUUACAAACACUCAGGAGCGGCUCGCGCGGCCUGGUCUUAGCUAUACAGGCCUAUCUCUUAAAGAGUCUCAUUUUUGAUCGUCAGUUUGCUUCACUUGCCCUUAUAAGAAGUGCCCUUCAGCCAAAUGAGUUUGAGAGAAAGCGUGCGCUGGUAUCAGCUUUGUGUCAAAUUUUAUGGAAAGUAGGUGACAACCGUCGCUGCUGUGUCUGUCUACAACAGGUCGCCCGGUGCUUCCCAAACGAUUAUCGUUGCCGUGACGACGGUAUCACAGAAAAGAUUUUAUUGUUUGAAUUCAAAAACUACAAGGACUUGGAGAUGUUCAUGAACAGACACUGGACAGAGUUCCAGAGAGAGGGUAACAAUGGCUGUAUCAUGUUCCUCUACAGUAUCAUCCUAUCGAGGACCACAGAAAAGAUCUACGACGACUUACAGAUGGAGGAAGAUGAUCGAAAGAGGAAGUUACUGACAGAUAAUGAAGACUGCAGCAUGGCCCUCCUCAACCUGCUCACAACUGGCAUAGCAACUCCUUAUCUCCAUAACAACAACCUCAUCUAUAGUGAGGACGCCAAAGUGCUGGAGGAUGAACCUAUAAACGCCCGCGACCAACGUAAUCCUACUCCUGAUGAGGAGAUGAAUGAGGAAGACGCCAAGCCGAGGAGAGGUAUACAAGUUAGGAGUACCAUAGGCUUCCUGUACUAUGAUAAGACAGAACAACAGAAUGCCAGGACAGAGGUUGGUAGUAUGCUUAAAACUCCAAAGUUACCAAUAUGGCUGACCAGUACCAAUGGCCAGAUUGGGUUGCUGUUCAGCAACAAAAUUGACCUGGUUUCUGAUUGGAGGGUGGAAAACCGCUUCUCACUGCACUACUACACAGGACUAGCAGCUCACAAGCCCUGUAUCCUAGACAUAGAAACAAGACAUGGUCGGACUGUUAGAGGACAUACAACGCUAACAAGACGUAAGGAGGAUGACAGGAUUCCCUCCAUGGAGCACAUUGUAAUGACAAAGUGGUAUGGUGCGGCCAUCAAAUGGCAAGGAUGUGAUCCGUUCUUUUGAUGUCAAGUCUUCACUGUAAGCAGAGGGAGGACCAAUCAAUCAAUGACUCUUUUAUUGGUACAGACAUUGACCAAUGAUAUGAGUUUAAAUAAACCGCAUAUUUCAUCAUCAGCAAUCAAUACAAACAAUGUACUAGACCUCCUGAGACAGACUGUAUUGGGGAGAAUCAGUUUACUUUAUUGAGACUGGUGUUACUAAAUAACGCAGCAUUUCAUUGGCUUACAGUCGCUUCUGUGGACCAAUGGCAGUAUAGAUUACAUAAAUAUUUAGCCAAUGGCAUACGAGUUUUAGAAGGCAGUGUAGAAGAUGAUUUUAUAACUUGAUUAACUUCCUGAAAGGAACUUAUUGAUGAUCUAGAUAUAUAAAAACACAUUUUCUUGAAUUUCAUUUAUUCUGGUGCCAGUCUAUAAUUAGUUGAUGGGUACAAAUAUUUUGUGAUUCUUUUAACAAUGAUUGUCUUCCUUGUCAUAGAAUAAGACAUACAAGUCCUACAUACAGUACUAAGUACUAGUUUAGUAUUACGCCAUGGAGGAAUCUACUUUAAUACUUGUACACUUUAAAGUCUUUUCUGAUGUUAGUAUUAUUACUAUAUCCCAAAAGUGAAUUUUUUCUGGAACUUGCGCCAUCCCAUUUUGGUAUCAAUUUGUUGCUGAUAAGACUUUGACCUUAAUUGGAAUUCAAUAUUUGUCCCAGAAAUCUCAUUCCACACUUUGCUGUCUGAUGUUUCAGAAAAUAUGAAGCAUGUACUUCAAAUUCUGAAUCCCAGUUUUUAAGAACACGAAGAAGGAAACGACCUUUCAAUAUUUCAGGUUUAUUGGAAAUUAAAUGAAUAAAUGUGAUAUCAUCCAAAGCAUAUCACAGAUGGGAUCAUGUUACAUUUCCGGUCUGGGUAGUCGAAGUGCCUUAUAAGAGUCCCACUAGCCGCAAUGAUGAAGCAAAAAAGUUUAUGUUCAUGUCGUCUAAAUGGCCCAUUGUUAUCAAACGAUUUUAUCCUGUUCUCGAGCUAAAAGCUUGAUCGUGACUUGGGCAUCACGAUAAGGAUUCUUCAAGCAACUAUGUCCGCUAUAAACAUUCCAGUCGGUUAUCUGUAUGGCUAUUGAACAGAAGUAUUGACGGCCUCUCGAGAUUUAAUGGACACUUCCAUAAUGUGUCUUACAUCACAAAUCCUAGAAUUUUUUCAUUAUAUAGGGCGUGUAUCCAAGGACUGGUCUCAUUUGGUUAGUUUAUAUCGACGAGGUAGCUCUCUAAAGUAUAUAAGACAAGCAGCUUUUGCAAAAUAGACAAAAUCGGUUAGGGUUAGGGUGAAAGAGUCUGUCAUUGCCAUGGCUGCCAUUCACGAUUGUGACUUUAAAUUGAUUGAGCAUCCACCUUAUUCACCUGAUCUUGCUCCGUCAGACUUUCAUCUACUUCCAAAACUGAAAACAGCUAUUUCAGGCACCCUUACCCUAACCUUAACAUGCAGUGAAUAACUUUCUGAACAGCCAAGAAUGGAGUUCUAUAAAAGUGGCAUUGAGGCCCUUAAACACCACUGGCAAAAGUAUAUAGAUACUGAAGGGGGUAAUGUUGAAAAAUAAUACAAUAUGUCUGGCAAAAAUCAAAUCCUUCAAUACGAAGCUAACGACUUAUCAAUCAGCCCUCGUAUGUCCCUUUCUGGCAUGACUGCAUGAAUUUUUUCAUUGAUAAUUUCUUGAAGUGUGAUUUUGUAUUGGUGUACAAAAUUUAUUCUAUGUCUCACUAAGUUAUUAUGAUUUAAACAAACUUAACCAGUCUUUGUUAAAACAUUGUAAAAUCUGGCUAUGGUAGUCAAUAAAAUAUAACGACCAUUACAAUGUAAUGUUGUUUCCGACAUUCUCGUUCUGAAUCAUCAGGGAGGAAGGUUAUCUCUUACGUUGUGCCAAUAUAACAAGUGCGAUUUGUUUUUAUUAUUUUCAUGUUUAAACUACCAGUAUUGGUCAGUCUUUUACAGAUAUUUUAUUUACGUCCAAGAUUCGCUAAUUCAUUCAUAGUCUCCACUAUUAUACGGCUCGACGUGGAAUUGAAGAACUCGCACGACUCAUAAUAGAACGGAGAUGACUUCAAUUCACGAUCUUCGAAUGUAUUGCAAUUAAACCAGAUCUGCCGUUAUUGGUUGUAUUAGCUAUGAAUUAUCUGUUUUGCACGCUCUCCAGUCAGCGAUUCAGAUUGCCCAUUUCUGUUCAAAGUCAUUUCAAAACCGUGUCGUUUUCAAGUCGGGCUAUUUUGGUGAGACGAAAAGUGACUGAAUUGGCGACGUUCUAAGAUCGUAAGCUCUGCCAUUGUCUUUCUGAUGCAACGGUGCCUUGCCAUUCAAUAUUUGCAGGUUUCUCAAACCUUUAAGAUUAAAACAAUUAUUUGCUGAUGUUAUUGUUUACGUUUAUGGUGACUUUUUUUGUUCUUUUUUAUAUGUACAUACGUAUACUAGUAAGAUUGGACUUCUGUAUCGCCAAACGAAAACAUUCCCUUUGUUAUAAACAGAGAUAAAAAUGUUCAGCCGAUUGGCUGAUUUCAGCCUUUUUGAGAAUAUCAGUGUAAUGUAAACUUGUAAUUUUUCCCAUUGAAAAGAUUGAGUAAUCUAAUUUUCAGCCUUUUUGCCCUUAGUCCAUUUUCAUCUCUGUAUAAAAAUGUGUUUAAAUAUUCUUAGGAAUUGUAUAUCAAAUUUCCCAUCCACGAUAAUACAGAGACUACAUUCACUUACUCGCAGAGAGCGAAAAUGGACGUAGUCCCUGGACUAUCGAGGAUGGGAAAUUGCUAUUGGUGAAAGUUACUUGUAACACGCAUGCGCAUUACUUUAUCUGAAAAAAUAUCCCUUGCAUAGGAAUGCAAUGAUGUUUUUUGUAAUUAAAUACCGUUAAAAAUGCCCUGUCCUGAAUACUGCAUCCUUAUCGCCCACGGCGACCAGGGGAUUGUUACUGUACGUGUGUAAAACACAUGCGUCCCUGUGAACUCGUAUGAUACCGUGGGGUUGUAUCAUCAUUUCGCCUUAUUUUGACAUCAGUAUUUACACGAUUUGUUAGGUAAUUGAAAUAUAUUACCAUUAUGUUACGAAUUGUUCUAUACCAUUAUAUAUUUUUGUGAUUCAUACAAACGUCCUGAUUCUACAUUAUUUAAUUGACAAAAUCAAAUGAUUUACGUUUCAUUUAUCAUCUAGUCAAUAUCAUAAAGCAUAGGUUUUGUGUUGCUAUUGGCUGUUUCCAUAGUCAGCUGUGAUGGUUUUCUUUCAGAUAUCUGAAAGCAUCACCAUUUAUAGAGUCAAUAAGUUUCUUGACAUGUGAUUGCAUAUUUUAUUUAUUUUUUAUAAUUUUCCUAUCCAUUUAUUUAUUGAAGAUUUCAUCAAGACAAACGUAUUUCUUGGUGUUCGGUGUUUAUGUGAAGGGUUAGGAUGCAUGAAGCCUACCUGGAGUUGCCAGUUUCCAUAUAUUGUAAAUAUUAAAAACAUCUUUAUUUUUCAAUCCAUAUCAGUCGGUAUAUCUCUAUCUAAAUAUAGUCUUUUGUUGCUAUGGUUUAACACCAGUUUUGGUUGUCAAUAUAACCUUUCGUUUCCAAAAAUAAUAACCGUUAGUAUUCAGCCUUUAUAUUCGUUUUAUAUCAUCUUGUUAUAAGUUUACAUACCUUUUGGAUCUUGUUACAUAAUCUUAUAUUGUCGUUCUAUGUAUGUACUCCAGUCACGUGACAGGAAGUUUUACCGAUAUUUAACGUCUUUGUAUUCACUGCAUAGGAGGCGGUCAAUGUAUCUCGUGUAUUUAGGAGUAUCCGUACCCAGUCGUAAGGUCGAUUUGCUGUCGGGCAGUACAGAAUUAUUGUAUUAUGUUUAGUUCAGCUGUUUAUGCUACGAAUUGAUAAACACUGUAUUUUCUUAGUAGAAAUGUAUAUGUCUAUAACAAUUAUUUUAUUCAUUGUUACGGACGCGAACAUACUGUUAUAUUUUCUUGUUUUAUAGGUAAAUUAUCAAAUGUUAUACUGGUUAUCAACUAGUUUUAAUAUUUAUCUGUAAAUCGUUUUUGUAUUUAGAAUCAGCUUGUCAAGUUAUAACAUUUGAUGUUUUCUUUCGUUAGACAUAAAGGGCCAACUAUUUUUCUCCUUUAUUACUUUUCAUUCUAUGUGUUGAUUUAUUCUGACUUUUUUUUCUCUUUUUUUGUUGUUGUUGCAAAUUUAAGUUUUGUUAUUAGAAUUGUUUCUUAUAUUCAUUUAAAAUCAAACCUUUUACGACAAUUUAAAUGUCCUGUUUAAAUCAAAUGGUAGGUAAGGAAAUUAAACGUUCCUCUAAAUCAUAAUCAAAAUCAACAUUAGUGCAAUGAGUUUUGCUGCUAGCAGUGUGACUCUUCGUAACUGUUAGCAGUGUGACUUACCGUAACUGUUAGCAGUGUGACUUACCGUAACUGUUAGCUGUGUGACUCUUCGUUAUUGUCAGCAGUGUGACUCUUCGUUAUUGUUAGCAGUGUGACUUACCGUAAUUGUUAGUAGUGUGACUUACCGUAACUGUUAGCAGUGUGACUUACCGUAACUGUUAGCAGUGUGACUUAUCGUAACUGUUAGCAGUGUGACUUACCGUAACUGUUAGCAGUGUGACUUAUCGUAACUGUUAGUAGUGUGACUUACCGUAACUGCUAGCAGUGUGACUUACCGUAACUGUUAGUAGUGUGACUUACCGUAACUGCUAGCAGUGUGACUUACCGUAACUGUUAGUAAUGUGACUUACCGUAACUGUUAGUAAUGUGACUUAUCGUAACUGUUAGCAGUGUGACUUACCGUAACUGUUAGUAAUGUGACUUAUCGUAACUGUUAGCAGUGUGACUUAUCGUAACUGUUAGCAGUGUGACUUAUCGUAACUGUCAGCAGUGUGACUUAUCGUUACUGUUAGCAGUGUGACUUAUCGUAACUGUUAUCAGUGUGACUUACUGUAACUGUUAGCAGUGUGACUUACCGUAACUGUUAGCAGUGUGACUUAUCGUAACUGUUAGUAGUGUGACUUAUCGUAACUGUUAGCAGUGUGACUUAUCGUUACUGUUAGCAGUGUGACUUACCGUAACUGUUAGCAGUGUGACUUAUCGUAACUGUUAGCAGUGUGACUUACCGUAACUGUUGGUACUGUGCCGUCAUCUCUGUCUAUUGAGAUGAUGAAUUUGUGUGAAAAUAGUUGACGCUCUGUGUGCAAAGUGUUUUAUUUACAUGUAUACAAAAAAUAAAGAAGUUAAUGGAAUA